AUAACCUGCAAUUUGUGUUACUUCAGACAACGCACAUGUGUGAGAUUUUGGAAAAGUACCCAGAGAUUUUAUUUAUUGAUGGAACAUAUAAAGUAAACAUUGAAGGCUAUAUCUUGUACUCUAUAUUGGUUGAAGAUGGUGGAGGUCGUGGGAGACCUGUGUGUUAUGCCUUUUUGCAGAAUGAAACGACUGAAAUUGUGCAGGCUAUGUUUGCCAAGUUUGCAGAGUUUAACCCGUUCAUUGUAUCUGCUUGCAGAGUAGUCAUGAUAGAUAAAGACAUGAACGAGCUACGCAUUUUGACCAAGAUUCUUCCUAAUUCUGAAAUUUUGUUGUGUACAUGGCAUGUGCUGCAAUGCUUUCAGCAAAAAGUCAAUGAGAAAGCUAGACUGCAGCGUGAUCAGUUACUCCCUCUGUUAAAAAAAAUUGUUUAUUCCUUCACUGUGCAGGACUACUUAGACAGGCUUGCUGAGCUCGAAGCUAUGGCGUCUAAAGAUUUUAUUUCUUAUUACAUGCAGAACUGGCACUCCUGUAAAGAAAUGUGGGUACAUGCAUAUCGGCAGAAACUUCCUACAUUUGACAGGUGGUGUAAGGAUCAUUUCCUGAGUGACAGCUGCAUGGUCUCAAGUGCCACACCAGUGGUGACAAGCAGCAUUCAGCUGCUGCCAUCUGUGAAGCUCGACACUGCUCAAGAAAAGUAUUCUUACACCUACAAGAGGCUUUGUGAAAUGUCCAAGACCGUGGCUAAUGUAUUAUCUAAUUGUGGUGAGAAGGAGCUAAUGGAAAAACUUGCAUCAUGCGAGGCAUUCUUCAGAAACUUAACCACCUUUCCUAGUAAUCAAAUUACAGUUAGCUUACAAGGUACACCAGCUCCAUUACCCCAGUUGACUGCUACAAGCAGUUGCAGGCAUUCGAAUAGUACAAAACUUAAUGUACCUUUGGUAAAAGCAAGAUGAGGACGGCCAAAGAAAGUCAAA